UGCAUAUCCCAUGCAGAGAGUGAGAAGAAGAGACUAGAGACUAUAGAGAGGGCAAAAAUGGGGUGUGAAAGUUUGAACAAAAUGAAGCCAUAUCUGGCUAUGAUAACACUUCAGUUUGGGUAUGCAGGAAUGCAUAUUAUUCUGUUGCUCUCUUUCAAGAGAGGUUUUAGUCAUUGGGUCUUCGUCGUUUAUCGCCACGCAGUUGCCACCAUCUUUUUUGCUCCUUUUGCAUACUUUUUUGAGAAAAAAACAAGGCCCAACAUGACGAAAUCAAUAUUCUUCAAGAUAAUGCUGCUUGGUUUCUUGGAGCCAGUUUUGGACCAGAACUUGUACGGCGUCGGAAUCCAGUAUACAUCGGCGACAUUCGCGGCAGCGACUGUCAAUAUUCUCCCCGCCGUCACCUUCAUUAUGGCUGUCUUGUUCAGGAUGGAAAAGGUGAAUCUGAAAAAAGUGCACAGUUUAGCAAAAGUGAUCGGAACGGCGGUGACGGUGGGCGGCGCAAUGGUGAUGACACUGUACAAAGGCCCCACCGUGAACAUCUUGUUCUUGUCUCACGGCGGCAGCCACCACGAAGCCGCCAGCAGCUCGGCGGACGAGCACUGGGUCACCGGCACAAUCAUGCUGCUCGCUUCGAUAGUCGGCUGGGCUGCCUUCUUCAUUUUGCAAAAUAAUACAUUGAAGGAGUACCCCGCGGAGCUGUCACUGACGGCGUUGAUUUGUCUGAUGGGAACGGUGGAAGGCGGCAUAGUGGCGGCGAUAAUGGAGCGCCGCGCGGCCGCCUGGGCUAUUGGUUUUGAUUCCAGGCUGCUCGCUGCUACAUAUUCUGGACUUAUAUGCUCAGGAAUAGCAUAUUACUUGCAAAGUGUGGUGAACAAGGCACGAGGUCCAGUGUUUGUAACAUCAUUUAGCCCUCUCAGCAUGAUCAUCACUGCUAUCUUGGGAGCCAUCAUUCUGUCCGAGCAACUCCAUGUCGGAAGUGUGAUUGGAGCAGUGAUCAUUGUAAGUGGGCUUUACUGCGUGGUGUGGGGCAAAGCUAAAGAGGAUUCCCCUUUGAUGGGGAAAUCCCAAGAGUUGCCAAUUGUGGGAGACAUGAUUCCUUCAGACAAUGGAACUGCCAAAAUUAAUCAGAAAAUCAAUUCCUUGGCUUGAUCAGCUAUGUAUAAUACUAUCUCGAUUAAUGUUCAAUCACUCAUGUGUAAGAGUUGAUUUCAAUUGUUCAGUCUUCUGUUUUCAAUGUUACUUUCCUUAAUGUAUUUUGAUUUCAUGUCAAGGUUUGCCCUUAUAUAUGCAUGUUUAACUCCCUAUUUUGCCA